ACCAGUUUUCCAAACGCCGCAAUCAAAUGAAGAAGAAGGCGUCUUUCGGCUCGUGAUGUUUUGAGUAACAAUCCGUUUAUCUACGUUAUCCAUUUGCUUGUUUUUUAUUAUUUUAUCGCCAUGUCUGUGAAAUUAAACGCACUCUACAGCGAUUCGUAUGUUGAUAUAAGUCAAUACCGAGACCAGCAUUUCAAGGGUAACCGCUAUGAGCAAGAGAAGCUGUUAAAACAGAGCUCCACACUGUAUGUGGGCAAUCUGUCUUUCUACACGACAGAAGAGCAGGUACACGAGCUCUUCUCCAAGAGUGGAGAUGUGAAGAGGAUCAUCAUCGGCCUGGAUAAAGUCAAAAAGACCGCCUGUGGAUUCUGCUUUGUUGAAUAUUAUACACGUGCAGAUGCUGAGAAUGCCAUGAGAUUCGUUAAUGGUACCAGGCUGGAUGACCGGAUCAUCAGAACCGACUGGGACGCAGGCUUCAAGGAGGGUAGACAGUACGGCAGAGGAAAAUCUGGUGGACAAGUCAGAGAUGAAUACAGGCAGGACUAUGACCCUGCCAGAGGGGGUUAUGGGAAGGUUGUGCAGAAAUCUUGAAUCGUCUCUGUGCUCUGUCUUUGCCUUUUACAGGUCAGAGAUGAAUACAGGCAAGAUUAUGAUCCUGCCAGGGGCGGUUAUGGGAAGUUAGCUCAGCUUCAAAAGGCACCGGAGGGACUUCAGAAAUUUUAGUUUUUUGGGAUUUACAGAAUGGGAUCAUCUGGGAAGGCUGUUUAAAUGGUAAUGUAAAUAUUAAAGGAAGGUUUAGUUCUAGGAGCGUCCACUAUCUGAUCCGGUGUAGACUGACAG